AUGUCGUUCAGAAGACUGGCGGUUCUCGUCGCAGAGUCAUGUCUUUCCUCGGCGGCUCUUGUCGUGUUCACGGCGGUGUUUGUCGGCGACUACAGAAUGAAAGCUUGGCUGAAUGGAGGUGGUGAAGGCUGGAAUUCAGAUCCAGCGAAGAGGGUGUACUUUUAUGCAAACUUCAAGGAGCCCCCCGAGAUCCCGACCAUAUGGACACAAGAUCUUUCCAAGGCAACACUGGGCAUGGCCAUCUUGACAGUGGUCUGGCUCUUUGUGCAUAGCAUUGCAAGCCGCCACAACUAUCUCUCCCUUGGCGCGACACUGGCCUGCGAGACCUUUAUUACCCUUCUAUGGAUCUACAUCACUCUAGAGCAGUGCUCGAGCGACUUGACGGACGAAGAGCACAUGAGUCAGUACCCAUGGUUCCUGACGAGGGCUUGCUCGCGAGCGUGGGACGGCGCAGUGGCGGCCUGCCACACGCUGCGUGCGGGCUUCUACCUGUCACUGAUGAUUGUCUGCAUGUUCUGCGGGCGCAUCGUCCGUUCAAUACAUGCACUGUCGUCCUGUGGUCGUCCGAGGGAGCUUGGAUAUACAAAGGCUGGUACUGGCAGCAGCUACCAUCUUGAAGUCGGGGAAGAUGAGGACGAAGCGUUUGAGCUGCGCUCCUCUGAAGAGAAUCGGCAGCGAGCGUUGCGGGAUGCCAUAAGCCCGGUCUUGGCAUUUUUCCCUUCACGUUAA